CCCCAUCCCGCUACUGCGCGUGCUCCCUCCCCGUCGCCUUUCGCCGCCGCCCCUCCGCCCCCUUUCCCACCCCCCUUUCCUCGCUCCAUCCUCCCGUGAUCCGCGCCCGCCCGCAGGCCGCCCCCUGCCCGCUCCUCGGAGGAGGAUUGGUUCUUGGCAGAGACGAGGACAGCCAGGGGUUCUUGUCCGCUCCGCCUCCGAGUUGAAGUUGAAUCUCCCCGCCGACUGGAUUCGCUCGCCAUCUUUUUCCUCCGCCGGAAAACGACCUCCCGCCGUACUCGCGCGGCGGAGCGACCUCCGCCAAUUAAUCCUCGCGCCGUGGAAGAGACCCGGUCGGUUGUUGUUCCGCUGAAAAGCCCCGCCCUUAACUUCCCGGGCGGAAUCCAAGGAGACCCGACAUCCGGUUAAUCUGCGAGCGGCCGCCGCCAUGAUCCCGCUGCUGUUCCUGGUGCUGUUCGCGGAGGGGGCGGUGGCGCUGCUGCUCAUGGUCAAGAUCGGGCCGCUGCGGGAGCUGGCGAUGCGGGGCGUGGAGCAGGUCAAGACCGGCAAGGGCCCCGCCACCGUCAAGACGCUCGCCUGCACGCUCUCCGUCAUCCUCAUGUCCAGCGUCGCCGCCAUCGUCAGGAUCCAGGACAGGGGCCACAAGAUCGGCAACGUCAGCCCCAUGGACCAGGUGCUCUGGCGGACGCACCUCCUCGAGGCAUCCCUCAUCGGAUACACACUAUUCCUUGCAUUUGUCAUCGACCGGUUGCACCACUACCUUCGGAAGCUCAUCACCCUGAGGAAGUCAGCCAACACCUCAAGGGAGGAGGUCGAGAAGCUCCAAAUGGAGAACCGGUCCUUGCGCGAGAAGGAGGAGAAGUCGGCCAGCGAGAUGAAGAAGCUUCAGCAGGACAUGGCCAAGCUGAGCGAGGACAUGAAGAAGCUGAAAUCCGAGUCCGAGGAUCACCAGAGGAAAGCGUCUGAUGCAGAGGCCCAUGUCAAUGCCCUGCAGAAGCAAUCUGAAGAGCUGCUCCUCGAGUACGACCGGCUGCUGGAGGACAACCAGAUCCUGCAGUCCCAGCUUCACUACAAAGGCUGAAUUGGUUGACCAGCGGCAUGUAACUAUCUCGAACUCGAAGCGCUCAUCGCCAAGGCUCUUGAUGUGGUCCUUGGCUUUCAUUCCCCUCUCUAACUUAUGGUGAUAUGGAUGGAUGUACUCUGUGCUCUGUAGUUUGUUUUGAGGCACUGGAAAAGUCAGGGAUGGUGAGAUGGAUAUGGGAGAAAGAUCGGGUUUCGGAAUGCGCUUUGUAGAACUGAUUAGACCAUGUGUUGGAAUGCAGUAAUUUAUCUCC